GGGGACGCGAGGUAUCAAGUUAAUCAAUUGAGAUUCUCCCCUCGACUCCCCGUUAUCAGGGGGGGAAACCAACUCUGGUUGUAGUAGUCGCGCUCAGCAGCCGCACCCGAGCUCGAAACUGGAGUGGGAAGAAGCAAGCGCAAGCGCCAUCCGGAGCGCAUCAUUGAGAAGCCACAGAAUCAAAACAGUAAUUUCGGACAGAGAAAAAUAUCACGGUCAAAUAUCGUUGCCUCAUCUGACCUUAAGAAAAAGCGGAGGGACAAGAUCAUUCAUGGAAAUAAAAUAGAAACCUGCGAGUUUUAAUUGUUUUAUUUUAAUCUUUUUUUUCUGACAACAACACAGCCAUUUCAACCCCAAAAUGACUGAGAUAACCAAUUUAAGACCAGCAUAUGAGGUGUCCCCGGUGCUGGCCGGCUUCCUGGGCGCCGGGGUCCUGGUGGUCUCGGUCACGGUGGCAGUCUUCCUCUGGACCUGCUGCCAGCGUCGGUACCGUCAGAUGAUAGGCAGCUACAAGCUCCAAUCGGGACCCUGCGACCCGGCCGUGGACCCGCCCUACAAGUUUAUCCACAUGCUCAAGGGAAUCAGCAUCUACCCGGAGACACUCAGUAACAAGAAGAUCGUCCGCGUGGGUCGACGCCCGGGCUCCUCGCGAAAUGGCGGCGGAUCCGGCGUCGAGUGGGGUCGUAAUGGCGAGCGAGGAAGAGGGGGAGGAAGGGUGAUGCUGGUAGACGCUGACCCAGAAACUGGCCUGCUCAACGGCUCCACCCACCUGCAGAUGAGCCACCUGCUGCCUCCUGCUGAACAGCCCAGGCUAGAGCGGGCGCUGCCCAUCCGAGCCGACUACUGCUGCCUGGAGAGCAGCUCCGGAGGUAACAGCAGUAGCAGUAGCUGUGAUGCCAGCAAGACAGCCUCGCCCUUUACCCCGUGCCAGGGGGAGGGCACCACCACGCCGCACGCUGCCCUAGGCACCCUCAGCCUGUCCGUGGACUACAACUUCCCCAAGAAGGCGCUGGUMGUGACCAUUGUUGGCGCCCAGGGUCUGCCGGCCGUGGACGAGCAGGCGGGUAGCUCGGACCCCUACGUGAAGAUGACAAUACUGCCAGAAAAGAAGCAUCGGGUCAAGACCCGCGUCCUGAGGAAGACCCUGGAGCCAGUGUUUGACGAGACGUUUACGUUCUACGGCGUGGCCUACAGCACACUGCCCGACCUCACACUGCACUUCCUGGUGCUCAGCUUUGACCGCUUCGCCCGUGAUGAUGUCAUCGGGGAGGCGGCAGUGCCUCUGGCCGGGGUGGACCCCAGCACGGGACGAGUUCACAUCACCCAACAGAUCAGCAAGAGACACAUCCAGUGUGUGAGCCGUGGGGAGCUGCUGGUGUCUCUGUCCUACCAGCCUGUCACUCACAGGCUCAAUGUGGUGGUGCUGAAGGCCAAACACCUGCCCAAGAUGGACAUCACUGGCCUAUCAGGCAACCCAUACGUGAAGGUGAACGUGUUCUACAGCCACAAGCGCAUCGCCAAGAAGAAGACGCACGUGAAAAAGUGCACACUCAACCCCGUUUUCAACGAGUCAUUCAUCUACGACGUGCCCGCCGAGCUYCUGGCCGACGUCUCRGUGGAGUUCCUGGUGGUCGACUUCGACCGUACCACCAAGAACGAGGUGGUGGGCCGCCUGGUGCUGGGRGGCCAGAGCCUCAUGCCCACWGGGGUCACCCACUGGAGAGAGGUCUGCGACAACCCCCGCCGGCAGAUUGCCAAGUGGCACACCCUGGGCGAGUAUUAGGACAGCUCAGAAAAAUCUCCCCAAAUUUUCAAAAAUCGUGCAAUUUCUCGGAGUGGGUAUUCUGUCGAAAAACCACCACUACUAUUUCAAUCCUAUUCUCUUAGAAAAAUAAAUAAAAMAAUGAAAUAGAACCCUUCCCGUCUGAAAUAAAGAGACCCAACRAGACCACCGUAACCCCACCCAGCAUGGACUUGUAAGGUAGGACCACUCUCUUCUAUGAAAAAUGACCGCAACCGUUGAGACGACCACCGGGGCCGAGAAAYAUCUGACCAYACUUUCAGGAAUCACUGACGACAAAAGACUUGAUUGAGGAUUUCAAAAUCUAUAUCUGAAUAUAAAAAGACAUAUUCAAAUGUAUACACAAAUAUAUAGCUUACACAUUCAAGACUGUUAGCGAUAUCUAUGUGGUCCUACCAGUUGGGUGGGGGUGUAAAGGGAAUGUGGUUAAUCCAAUCAGAGUUCACAUCAGAGUGCGUCACAACCACCCACGCUCGUUCUCCAGCCCCUGUCACCCAUAUGUAUAAACAUUUAAUUACUUACUUGCUUGCUUGAACAAGUUAAAUAUAAAACACACCUGGGAAGGAAUGUGGCCACAGAAUACAGUAUGCAAGACUUUCUCUUAACCUAGUGUACCAAUUCCCUUUAAACCAGGAAGUAUCUCCUGGUACUGCACAAAAAUGGGAGGAUUUAUGUUAAUUAGAGGGUGUGGUUAAUUUAUUUUGAGAUGGGGCUGUUUUAGUAGUAGGGACGUUUUUUUUUUUUUAACAGGAGUGGUAAUAUUAGUGUGGUCAAAUUAUGGGGCAGGAUAGAGUACUAUAUUACAAUAUUCACGGGAUAAUACUGACAUCGCUAAGUGUUUUUAAGUUAUGGGCAGGUGAGGCUAUAGGGAUGUCUUGAUCUCAUCUACCACCACYUUUAUGUUUCUUAAUUUCAAUGUGGACCAUAUGUUUCAUCAGUAAGGUCACAUGUAGCAACAAAACCCAUGAAACCCAGUAGUCAAACUGCGUGAGUCAGAGCUUUUUCAUGCACAGUGUAAAAUGGGCUCGAGUUCAAGCCACCUUUCUUAUCCUACUUUAGCGAGGCAGAGACAAAAUGGGGAAUUUCAUUUUGUGGGGCAGAUUCAGACCAACGCUGGCAUAACAAUCGGACAAUAUUCACCUGCGGUUCACAAACAUGUUGGAAAACCUGCGUUCAGUAUAUAACAAUGUGUCUAUGAUAAGUCAAUCAAUCAACCAAAUGUAUUUGUAAAGCCCUUCUUACAUCAGCUGAUGUCACAAAGUGCUGUACAGAAACCCAGCCUAAAGCCCCAAACAGCAAGCAAUGCAGGUGUAGAAGCAGGACAAGUGCAUUGUGGAGCUAAUCAAAACAGUUCAAUCUAAAUUGAGGGGAUGGAAAAUCAACUCGUAAUCGAUUAAGACGGUUUUGGCACUCGUAAGUGUUUAAGCGGGCAGUUGUGUAAUUUCCUAUGAAAGUCAUCACAUUCCACAUGGAACUGAGAGUAGGCAGUAGGCAGAUCUGGGCUGCACACUGAACAUUUUGUAUAUCUGAUCGCACUUUGAAAAGCCCAAAGCAACCUUUUUGUUUUUUAUCGCUGGUUGAUUUGAUCAAACUUUUUUUUUUGCCACAGAACCAGAUUAUUUUUUUUGGGCUCUCUUUUGAUACUUUUGAAAACAAAUAUCUAUACGUAGUUAUUGUAACAUAAGAGGCUAAUAUCCUGGGCAGUUCAAGUCCUUUGUCCUAUAGUUUUCCCUCACAGCCAUGAGAUWGGAGAAAUUUGUUCGAUACAUGCACAGUAUCUUCAGUUUCCAUCGAAACUAUACAUCAAGGCAARUUGUUGAAACAAAAUGUAAUUGUCAUUAAGAAGCACUGUGUCUCGGAACCCAUUUCAGACUUUUGGUUUCAUAAUGUUUGAAUAAUUUGCACAGCACUUUAAAAAAAAAUUCGCAACAGCCGCACAGGUUUUGAUAACAGAGACAUUUUUCAAACGGUAGUCUUUCCAAUUCAGAGGAAGGUCCUCUGACUAUCAUUUUGUCUUUGUCUCUGUAGGAGGCUUCCAGUCUGGGGCAUGAUUUAAUUAUAUGGAUAUAAGAGCCGUUGGAGUGAGGUAAAAUUGCAUUAMCCCUAACACCAUAACCUCACUUAGUCUUGGCUUGGGCAAAGAUGUGCUGGGCAGUAGCCUGGAAAUGUGUUUGUAUUUACCAUAUGGGGCCCUGAAGGUAGGCUACAAUGCCCAAGUUUGUAGUGUGAGCACAGGCUAAAGCAUGURCCAGUCUCACCACUGAAAAGCCAAUGGGUUGUAGUCCACCGUUUGGUCAACUUUGCCCAGGAGGUUCUAACAUGGUGGCUGAGGAAUAGUGUGAUGUUAUCUUUAUUCAUUGCUCUGUCAUUGCUGGAGAGUUAAACGGUACAUCUAGAAAGGAGUAGUGUUCAGGCUCCUAACUGUAGCCGCGCUAAUAAGGGUUGCAUUCAAUAUUUAAAAAGUGUUAAAGUGGAGCAUUUUUGGAGGUGAAAGGAGAAUGAUGACAGCAUCUUAGCAUUGUUCUGUGGGAAAGGUUGGCUGUCAAUGUGUCUGUUGAUAAGGACACAAGUGUUUUUUUUGUCUCAUGUGUCUGUGCAUGACAUAAUUACUGCGAGAGGUGAGAUGAGWUGUCUUUGGCUAGCAACAUUGUGAGUUCUGUUCAUGACAGGAAGGUUUAGUAGAGAUCAAAUCAAGAUGUAUCAUAAUUGCUAUCUAACAUAUUUUAGAAAACAAACCGUGUACAUUCUCCCGUUUCUGUAUCUUUGACCGAGUUUCUAGUUUCCUAUUUCUAUGUUCUCACUGUUUCUUUCUGACUUUACUUUGAGAUUCUGGGGUUGUGUAUAUUACAGGUGCCUGUGAUUGAUYUUCAACAGUUUCUUCUUCCUAUGAGCAUUUCCUUUUGUAAAUAGCACAGAAAGCACUCUGCGAAGAUCAGCAACGAUGUCCCAUAUCAGUGAAUAAUCCAAACCAAAAUUAGAUGCUCUGUCUUUGUUACCCUCUGUUUUGCUGGCCUCUCCUAAAUCCAUAGCUUAAUUAAAGCCUCUUUUUAUAGAUAUCAAAAUGUAAAUACAGUAUAACCUUGUGUAAAUGACAGUUUGUUCCCAAACACUAUCAGGCAGAUGCACUGCCGCCUGUCGUUAGCGUAUGUGAUUGUUCCCCCAGGAAUGGCAAAGGGCUCUCCCCUCGCUGUGAAUGUGUUCAACUGUUUGGGGGCCUUCCCUCUUCCUAUCCCUUGGCCCUGACUGAAUCCCUCUCUCUAGUCCACUCUCCUUUUCCUCCCAUGACAACCCGUCCCACUCUUUCGCUGUUGUGUGUUGUACAGACAAAUCUGAGGUGUGAAUAAAAAGAGACAAAGAAAUCAAUGGGUUGUGAGUAUCCCACUGGCUGUCAAUGAUUCACCGCCUCAGUCAUAAUUGAAAGUCAGAGUUGUACGUUGUGUGUGGGGGAAAUGCAAAACAAGACCAGUACUCUGAAAUGUGUUUAAACUGCAUAAUGCUAUGAAGUCUAUGCUAAAUAUAUUACACUAAUGCUGAAUUGUUGAAUUUGUUAACACAAUGAACGUGCAAAUAAAUAAACUGAUACACUAUU